AUUAUUUACAUACCUAUUAUGGCAACUGCCCAAAAAACCCGAAAGCCCAAAACUAAUAGUUUUACCUCUAUUUUGGAUCAAAUUCUAAAAAAAUAUAACUUAUCCACUGAAUCUGAUCUAUCUCAAUUAUGUGCCCAUGCUAAUGAGCUUGGUGAUAUGCUUCUGGAUUGGAAGGCUCGUAAAGAUGUGAAAGAGGCACUCCGUCGGCGCCUAUUCAAAGGAAAUCAAAUAGAAGCUCUUGUACCAGACAAAAGGGGGAAAAAGCUUACUAUCAAGAAAAGAGCUCGAUAUUGUGCAAAAACUGGAGAUGUGUGGGAUAUUUACUUACAU